AUGGCCGACAAAUCACCGCCGUCGCCUGUUCACACCUACCACUGCCUAUGCACAACCCUCGUCCUCACCACCGCGCACGACCUGCACUCCCUCCCUCGCCGCCAUGAGCCGGUUCAAGAUGGAGCCCUGGUCCUCGCUCCUCCCGUCGACAUUACUAGAGCCGAGACUCUGGAGACGCAACGCUCUGAGCCCGCGGGUUCUGUGCUACUCAACGUGGCGCCAGAGCGAAAACCAGUCAUGAUCCGCCGAGAAGACGGAUUUGAGAAAAGAACGCUGCUAAAGUGUGUGAGGUGCAAGUUGGUCAUCGGGUACAAUCUCGACGAGGUCCACUUUGAGAAGCCCGAAGGAAAUCCAAGGCCAGUGUAUUUGUUGCCCGGUGGACUUCUCAGCACUCAGGAUAUGGCAGAGGGGAAACAACCAGAGACUCCUUCGUGGGCGGAGCAAAAAUAA